AUGUGUUCAAAUAGUUUAGACUCUAAGGAUGUAGCGCUCAUCUUUGGGGCAUCAGGAAUUACUGGUUGGCCUUUGAUGCGUGAAUGUCUCUCAUAUCCAUCAAAGAACACAUUCUCUCGUGUACUAGGCUUGAGUAACCGGCCCCUGUCCAGAGAGACAGCAUACCUUCCUGAUGACCCUCGAUUGGAGAUAUACACUGGCAUCGAUCUCCUUGACAAGGAUCAAACUAGACAAACGCUGGAGACAAUCCCGGCUAUUGGCGAAGUAACACAUGUCUAUUUUGUUGCAUAUACUGGACAUGGACGUACCGCUGAGGAACUAGUGAGGUUGAAUUCAGCUCUUGUCGAUCACGCACUCCUAGCACUCAAGAAACUGUGUCCAAGGAUGAAAUUCUUUACGCUCCAGACUGGUGGAAAGGGUUACGCCACAGCCGGGGUACCAUGGCCACCUGCACCUUGGAAAGAAGAUCUUCCUCGUCUCCCGGAGCCUUAUGCUUCUAAAAUCUUCUACUAUGCAGUCUACGAUGUUAUGAUUAGACAUGCUGCUGGGAGUUCUUGGCAGUGGUCUGAAAUCAGACCUUCUUACCUGCCUGGGUUUACUCCCCAUCAUAAUGCCAUGAGUAUAGCUCACUCACUUGGGCUAUUCAUCGCUUUCUAUCGCUCGGUGAAAGGUGCUGGGGCUACCUGUGCUUUCCCGGGAACUCCGGGAUCUUGGGAAGCGUUGCACUCAGACUCAUCCCAAGAUGUAGUUGCGCAUUUUCAUAUAUAUACGUCGUUACAUGGUGAUAAGACACAUGGGCGCUCGUUCAAUGUUGCGGACGGUGAAGGGACCUCUUGGAAGGUUAAAUGGCCUAUCGUCUGCAACUACUUUGGCCUGAAAGGUGUUGGACCAUCGGCACAAGUUGCAGGGGAGCUUCAGGGUACAAAGUGGCUAUUGGCACAGAAAUACUUGUGGUCGGCAUGGGCCAAAGAUAACGGGCUUAAGGGAGAUGUUCUAGAGAAUAUGCAGUGGGAUAUUCUCGACACAGCUUUGUCUCUUCCACUGCGAAUAGAUUAUGAUCUAGGUGCCUCUCGAGAGAUUGGGUUUCAAGAAACCAUGGACGUCGGCAAGGGUUUCCUGGUGGCUUUUGACCGGUUGAGAAGGGCGAAGUUCCUACCCUAA